GGUUUUAAACGAGGACAGUCAUACAACUACAAGUCGCUUCGUGUUCAUGGUGUCACAGUGACUGUAUAUGGACUUAACUAACAACUUUACUGAGAAAUACUUACGGUUAUCCAGGAAAUUAUAUACUAGCCCGAUAUUGAUACUCAGAUAAACCGCAAAGUGGGCGGUGUGUUCAUUAUAUUAAAUUUAUAUUUGUCAAAGCAACUGAUUUUGAAGUAUUAAAAUGACGAGUGAUACCAGGAAGAAGUUAGUUAUAGUGGGUGAUGGAGCCUGUGGUAAAACCUGUUUAUUAAUCGUCUUCAGUAAAGAUCAGUUCCCAGAAGUUUACGUACCAACUGUCUUUGAGAAUUACGUUGCUGAUAUUGAAGUCGACAACAGAUCGGUGGAGUUGGCAUUAUGGGAUACAGCUGGACAGGAAGAUUAUGAUCGGUUACGUCCCUUGUCUUAUCCAGAUACCGACGUCAUACUCAUGUGUUUUUCUAUUGACAAUCCAGACAGUUUGGAAAAUAUUUCAGAAAAAUGGAACCCCGAAGUUCACCAUUUCUGUCCAAACGUUCCAAUUAUUUUAGUAGGAAACAAAAAAGAUUUAAGAAAUGAUCCAGCAACCAAAGAAGAAUUAUCCAAACAAAAGCUAAAACCCGUUUCCACAGACGAAGGCCGUACCAUGGCAGAACAAAUCCAUGCUUAUUCAUAUCUGGAAUGCUCAGCGCGAACCAAGGAGGGAGUAAGAGAAGUCUUUGAAACAGCAACACGUGCAGCUUUACAAAAGAAAAGAUCCAAAGGACGACGAAAGUUUUGCAAAGUUUUAUAAAAUGUGAUACACAAUUUAAACUUUUAAAAGAAAGACUUUUAGAGACUUCUGUGGGGAAAGUGAUUAACAAUAUCUCACUGAUUUUAUCCAUGUUUUCAUGAUAAUAAUAUAAAGCUCAAUACUGGGAUAGGAGACAAGUCUACCCUUAGUUCACUUUUAUCUGGGAUAGGAGACAAGUCUACGCCUCUUCUUUCCAUUUUAUCUGGGAUUGUGGAUAUGUCGAGACCCAGUUCCAAUUUAUCUGGCAUUUUUUGAUAGAAGAAUUCCAGGUGCUAUUUUAAUCGUGACUGUUUGCCGUGGGGGGUUUAAUUUGUGUAUUUACAAAACAGUUUUGAAUUAUUUACUUUCUCCUCAAAAACCUCGGUGUUACCAGUAUUAUUUACUAGAGGUGAAUAUCGCUUCUCUAGGCCUAUAUCAUUUCACGACGCCAUUUCUGCUUGAUUAUGUAGAUAAACGGUAUUAAAUAUUGCAUAGACGUGUUGUAUUCAGACAACGGGGGAAUGUGGACCCAUUUGUUCCCAUAUUUCUUUGCACCUUUAAUGGCAAUAUAUGUUAUUGUGCACAAGCGCCACUGUGCAAUUAUGAUCCAAUUUUCUUUCCACAUUUCUAUGCCAUCCUUAAUCAUUUUGAUAAUCCGUAGAGAUACGGAUAUAUGACCCAAUUUGUUUUCCAUAUUUCUAUGCUACCCUUAAUGGCAAUAUAUGUUAUUGUGCAAGCGCCACUGUCGAUCCGAUUAUGCAAUUAUAUCUAGAAUGGCUGAUACCAUUUCUUAUUUAUAUGGGAAGCCCACACAGCUAUGAUUUAUGUUGCAAGGUACUAUGUUAAGUUGUGACAGAUUCAAUUCACAACACAAGUUUCUGUGAAUAUUCCACUUCAUUUUUCAUAUCUAUAUAUCGAUUUGUAUUUCAUAUCUUGGAACAAAAUGAUAUAAAUACGCCCCACCUACAUUAGCCCAGUUGGUGCAUACAAGUAAAACCCCAUUUCUCCUAAACUUGUCUUUGAAAGGCGGGAGCUGUCCUCUAACGUUCGCGCCCUAUUCCAAUCCCUUAUCCUUGAGUUAUUGCUCAAACUGAUUAAUAAUAGAUUAUAAUCAUUAUUAAAUAUUUAAAUUUAAUCAGAAGGGUAAUUAAUGAUAUUUGAAGGACAGGAAUGAGCGGAAUUUGUUUUCAUUUCCGCCACCCAGAAAAAGUUAAUUAAACAUUUUCAUGGUUGUUAUUAGUAUUUUAUGUUUUAUUAUUAUUUAAAUUUGUAUAUUAUACAAUAACAUAAAAUGUAUACAAUAUAAAAUCCAAUUAAAAUAUUUAGAAAGAUC